GACGCCACCAAAGCAAUUCGACGACUAUUGUCAAAGGAACGAAACCCACCUGUUGUCCAGGUAAUUCGAUCGGGAAUUAUCUCUUUUUUGGUACGAUUCUUGCAGGAGGACAAAACUGACGCUCCACGUUUGCAGUUUGAAUCGGCAUGGGCACUCACGAACAUUGCUUCAACAAGUCGGACAUCGGAUGUGGCCCAUAGUGGUGCCAUCCCACAUUUGGUCCGUAUUAUCAAUCAUGCAGACUCAGCGGAGCUUCGUGAGCAAGCUGCUUGGUGCAUUGGAAAUGUGGCUGGAGACUCCAUUGAGAACCGAGAUGGUCUCCUUGCCACGCCGAUGUUGACCAACGGUAUGUUGAAAAAUAUAUCUCGUCCAGCGAACCUCUCGCUACUGCAGAACUUUACCUGGGCAAUUUCCAAUUUAUGUCGAUUUAAACCAUCUCCCGAUUUUGGUGCUGUUGCUCCUUUUAUAAGUGCAUUGGUAAACAUUCUCAAUGAAGUUGAGAAUGGUGUCGGUGCCGAAAGCGCCGUAGACCUACAGACGGACACACUCUGGGCGCUAUCGUACUUAUCG